AUGGCCUCCGGUAGGAGCCGCGGGCUGCUGUGGCUGUGGCUGCUGGCGGCUGCGGCGGGGUUGACGGCGGGCAGGGCUCCCAGCUGCCACGAAGUUCGGACGGCGUUCCAGCUGCGGCAGAUCGGGCCCCUCAAGCUGGUCCCCGACGUGCCCACGGCCGAGUCAGAUUUACAGAUCUGUCAAAAUAGAGCACCAACAUGCUGCACCAAAAAAAUGGAAGAGAGCUACCAGGCAGCUGUUCGAAGAGAAAGGAUGCAGAGUAUCCAGGCACUGAAUUUUGAACUGAAGUACAUGAUUGUUGGCCAUACCACAGCUUUUCAAGAGGCCUUUGAGUCCUUCCUGCACUUGGCUGAAAACCGUACAAGAUCUCUGUUUGAAGUAGCUUACAGACCUAUGGCAAAAGAAGCAGAAGAGCCUAUUAAAGAACUUUUCACAGACAUCUCCCUCUACAUCCUGGGUGCAGAGACUACAGUGGAAAAUGCAGUAUUACGUUUUUUUGACAGUCUUUUUCCUCUGGUGUAUAGUCGGCUAAUAAAUCCAGGAAUUACUGAUCUGUCAGAGGACUAUACAGAAUGUCUUCGGCUUACGAGGCAAGACAUAAAUCCUUUUGGACACUAUUCUAAAAACAUGGUUACAGAGCUGUCAAAAUCUCUUUGGGCAAGUAGGAUGCUCAGCCAGGCUCUCAGUCUGGGCACUGAAGUGAUAAAUACUACUGAACACGCUGCCCUCACCAAGGAGUGCAGUAGAGCUCUAGUGAGGAUGCAGUACUGCCCACAUUGCCAGGGCCUGACACUAAUCAGACCUUGUAUUGGAUACUGUCUGAAUGUGAUGAGGGGCUGUUUGGCCAGCGUGUCAGAACUGGAUAUGCAAUGGAGGGAGUAUAUCUCCACACUGGAAUAUCUGACUAAUGAAAUGGGUGCCUCACAUGAUCUGGAAAUAGCACUGACGGGAAUCUGGAACUCCAUCAAUGAAGCCAUCCUGCACGCACAGUUAAAUGGACCACAGCUUUCUGCUACAGUUGAUAAAGUGUGUGGACAGCCCAAACAACAAGAAGGGAACCAGCCAUCAGGCCAUAUAGUGCCACUGAAGGAAGCAACUGAAGCCCAGACACUUGUGUUGGCUCAUGCUAGUCUGAACAAUAAAAGAAGUUCUCUGCCUCUGAAACCUUCAAAGAAUGACAAACCAAGAAGUUUGAAAAAAAUCUCUCGAGAAUUCAUCAAUUAUAUGAAGCGAUCCCGAACCUUUUAUGCCUCUAUAGCAGAAAGGCUGUGUGAUGGAGACCUGGUGAUGAGAGACAGCUCAACCUGCUGGAAUGGAGAAGAUGUUGUAGAGAGUUAUACCAGCAGAGUUGUUUCCAGUGGACUGAAGGCUCAAAUUAAUAACCCAGAACUGAAAGUCAGAGGACUAGACCCACUCAUCAGCAAUUUGAUUGAUAAGCUUCAGAACUUUAAUCAUCUGGAUGCCGAGAAAGCAAAAUUAAAACUGGAAAGAUGGUCUUCCCGAGAUCCUGGCAGUGGGGGAGGAAGAAGUGAAGAGUUGGAGACAAGCGGGGACUGUGAUGAUGAGGAUGGCUGCCAAGGAUCUGGUGACAGGAUUCACACAGCAGAUAUACUCAAGGACAAGAAAACCCAUCCAGAAAACAGAAAUGAACCAAAACCAACUGUGAAAAAGAUUGUCACCACAACCACCACAAGCACUGUCAAGUCAUCCUCUAAACACAGCGUAACUGGAAAUGGGAGCAGUGCAGCCCUGAGUUCCUCACUUGUUGUUUUGACAGCACUAGCAGUUCUGUGGCCUUGCCCCCCAUAACUGCACACGAUUGCAGCCACUGCACAAGCCUUUCUGUUCACUGUCACCUACACCUGCAGCCUUACCCAGAGAAAACAAAGCUAAAUAGCUAUCUGUUUUACUUGAUAUAUUACAAUGAAUAUUAAACAAUGUGCUGGAGUUGGCAGAUAGGAAGUGUCCUCACCUAGAGUGAAGAUAGCUUCUGACAAAGCCCAGCCAGGAUGCAGAGAAAAUGAUGACAGAAGUUCAAGUAGCUUUAGUUAUGGGAUAGAAAUAAUUGAGAACAUGAGAACUGUGUACGUGUGUUACUGUUCUUCUCAGUUAUGUUCACUGGAAUCACAUUGGCUGUUGUGUUGAAGUUUUUUUCUGAUAAAUUAAAGGAAUGGUCAGUCUUCAAAUCUAAGCCCAUACAUGCAUUGUUUCUCCAGUGAGCGGCUAAUAAUCUACAUCUGCAGUUGUAAAACAUGCUGAAGUGAAGUACUUUGACCAACGGGAUGAAAUUCCUCACUGGUCGAGAAGAUCAAAGCAUGUCUGAAAUUUCUUUUCACUGCUAUUCUUUAGAUUGUAGGAAGCCACACAAAAGCACAUGGCAUGUUUAAUACAUCAGCAUAGCUGCCUUAACAAUUGCAAAAAUUAGGAACACUUUGUUUACUGAGAGCAACAUCGAGAGUGAGUUUCCCUGCCCCGCGAAAUGGAAUCACCAAAUGCUCAAACAUAUGCUGAAGGCCUAUGGGAUGCACGUCCAGCAACAGGAAAUACAAGCAUAAUAGCAUCUUCUUCAGUUGAAUGCCGUUUUGUACAGUGGGGGGGAGGGUGGAGAGGGGAGAUCAUUCAGUUAAAAUUCAGUUUGUCGGCAUGUUGUUAAAGAGAAAAUAACUUAAAUUUUCCAUAAAAGACUGAGAGGUGUAAGUUAAUGGGAGCUCCUGUUAUACACAACCAAGAUUUUGGGCAUUGUGAAUCUAUGAAAUCAACUGUUUCAUAAACUCUGUAUUAUUUAAUUACAUUUAAUGUUUAAAGUUUUCUAUCACUAUAGGUGUAAAUGUAAAAUAGUCAAAUCUGGAAUAUUCUCUAUUGCAUCUCAAUUUCUAUCCUAGAAAAUGACAAAAUGUGCAUUAUAUUUCAAGGCUUCUUUUUUUUUUAAUCCUUCAUAUCUUGAUAUAUUGUAACUUUUCAAAUGGAAAGUACUAAACUUCUAAUGGGUUGAGCAUCAAUGUGUGUUUUCCAACAGCUAUGUUUACAGUACCAUUGAAUAUAUAUAAACACAACUGUAUGAAUUCAGUGAUUAAUGAUAAGUGAAACGUUAGAAUUGUUAUACUUGCUGCAUUUCAUAACUGUUACAACAACUUAAUGGCCAUUUUCAUGUUGUAGACUGUUACUGUGUACAGUUUUAUAAGAUUGAACAUAAAACAUUUAUCUUUUUUUUUUUUGUAGAGCAUCUCUUUUGAUACUUAGAGUUACACAGCCACUGACAUCAUUCAGAAGAAGAACCCAAUGACUUACUAAUCAGCUUCAGGCAUGUCAUUGAAAGUCUUGAUAGUGAAGGACAUCUUGAUUCAAAGAAGCUGCUAUGUGUCAGUAUUACUGAGUGCCAUUGUAUGUAAAGUGGCGACAAUGCAUGACAACACAACACACAACCAGACAAAGACCCACUGUGCUUGCCAUGUUGUCAGAUAGCAUUAGUGAACAUGUCUAAUUAUAUUUGCAGAGGUGGGGCCUUCGUUGUUGCUUUUUUUUUUUAAUUGUGCUGUAAGUUUUCAUUGGCAGAUGUAGAAGUGUAAUCAGAACCACCAACACACCCAGGUGUGAAGGAGUUGGCUCUAAUGUGAAAAAAAAGAUUUCUAAAAGUGUUCAAUUUUAACAUUGAAACAAGGAGAUGAAAUAGAAUGUAUGUAUGUAGAAGGUAUGUGCUAACAUGAAAUAUUUUCUACUUUGUGUUCCGAUUUUUCACUAUGCUAAGGUUAUUAAUAUCACUCAGUAGGGCUUUUCCAAAUCUUAUCAGCGUAAAUCAGGUUUCCCAAAGGUACAAAAAUGUCUGUCCACUGCUUUCCGAAGUUUGGGAGCUGCACCAGUCUAUUGAACCAUCAUUACAAAUGCCACGUUUUGCAUUCGUUGUCACUGCCCAUGGGAAGAGUGCACUUCUACCUGAGGAGAUGUACUGUGAAAGGACACCAUUGCUCCUUGCAGCCUUAACAGAUCGGUUGUGACUGGUGCUGUUAAACAGCCUGGUCUGCGCACACAGAAAUGUGCUUUUAGUGCUCACAUCCAUCACCAGCUCCUCAGGUGAUACUGAUCACCGUGGCUUCACUGAAGCAAUAUAACAUUUUUCAUGCUUAUGAACAUAGUACGUUCUCACAAUUGAGAUCCUGAGUCAUCACUCAGACACACAUGUUGGCAUUUGCACCCUUAAGUCUCCGUCAGUAUUCCUGUGGAUAGGGAUGGGGUUUCAAGGUUAGGCUCAAACACUGCCACACUCCAGCAAGGCGGCUUGGCCUUUUCAUUUCUCACUUGGAUAGUGGGAACUUGAAUACCUGGAAUGUGCAUGUCCUUUUGAGAUCUUUGUGCUUUUAGGGAGGCCAGUGAUCCAGAUAGCCUCGUACUGAGCUGUAGCAGAGCAAGUUGUAUGUGUGGAAUAACUCACCCAGAGGACUUUUUGUUCUUGAGAAAUCUCACGACCUUGCUAAACAAAAACCUCUGAAAAACUAAGUGUUUGAAUUUUGGGUUUGGUUAGCUAGUUUUUGACUGAGGUAGCACUGAUUCUGUGAUUAUAUGAUUCUGUAAGCUCCUGUGUUCUAGUGACGAAACCAGAACAAGUUCAAGUGGCAGGGUAAGGCAGGUCCAUUGAUUCAUUUUGUUAAUAGGCACAGGACAGGGGAAGAGACUGCAGAGGAUUCAGCUGCUACCAAUGCAUUUCACAAUGAUGUACUUUUACUCUGUAAGAAGAGUACUGGUCAUGAAAUACGUUCGUAAUGUGCAUCAGAAGUGGUGCAGCUUUUAAGAGCAAUGCAGAAUAUUUUUACUGAUACCUUAUGAUUUUUUUUCCUGAGGAUCAGUUGCAUUUACAUAUGAAAAAGUAUUUUCCAUCAAACGGAAAAACUAUACUAGUAAAAGCAAGACAAAAUGGCUUCAUCAGACAAGAAGUGUUCCUUUUUGGAUGAACAUAUGAAAUAAAUCUUAUUUUGAUAUCAGGGACACAUGUAGUUCUCAGUAAUUGAAAAGGUCUAAAUUGGAAAUACUUUUGAACUUGUCUGUGUAACCUUAAUGUAAAAUAACACAGCAGUCUGAGACCAUUGCUGUAGCUUUACCUCACAGUUAUGAGUUGUUAUGCAGCCUCUGCUUUCUGGAUGUUUAUUGUGUAGCUACAACCUUCUUGUACUUUGCCAGUGUUGGGAAGUCUGCUUGCUGCUGCUGUCAUGCACUUGAGUAGAAUCAACCUACAUUUUCCUCUUGAUAGUGAUGUAUCUUCUUAGCAAAUAAGUGGAAUUGCUGUGGACGUGCAGUCACCUCUCAGUGUUUGACUGCUAUUUAGGCAGUUCCAUCAGGUGCACGUGAAAGGUUUGGAAAGUUCCUGUGUCGCUGUUCUCCUUCAUGGCUAUGGAUGCAUCAGGGAGAAAAGCCAACACAGAUGGACAAAAGUGUGUAUGGCUGCAAUGUGCCAGUGCAUGACAACGUCCAGCUGUCUUUUCUGAGGCUCUGCGCCAAGCGUUUCCCUCUAGUUUUCAAGCAGCUUUUUACACCUCUCUGAGUUAGACCAUGGAGACUGGCCAGGCAGAGAGCAGCUGGAGAAUCUACAGACUACAUUUUAAGGCAACUUUGCUGACACCUCCUAUGAAUUGCACUUGCUUUGCAGUUUGCUUGCACUCUGUAAAUUGGCAGCUCAUUUUCAACCUUGCAUUUUUUCUGGUUUGCCUGUUGCAAAUGCUAUGCCCUGUCCUGGAGCAGAUCAGAUACUUGGUCAUUGUGUAAAGAACUGUGAUUCUGUUCUUUCACUCCAUAAUGAACCUUCUGAGGUACAGAUGUCUGUCAGAGCCUGGUAGAGCAAUAUAGAUAAUAAUGUGCAGCUGCAUUUACUUCAGAGGCUUUGUUUAUGGGUAUCUGGCUAUGAGAUUCAUAUCUCUUUCAUCUCUUAAGUCACAUGCCUAUUCAAUAUAUUCCUAUUUCCUUUUGUUACCAGGACUGCACCAUGUAUGAUUAUGUUUCAGUUUGAAUCUCUAAGGCUAUGUGUCUUAAUAUUGUCCUGCUGGGUGCUGUGUGCAGUCUAGUUUUUAAUGUUAGAUGAGCCUUUUUGCCGAAAUUUAUUGAGCCAUUCUCGUUCAGUACUGCACACGAUUAGUUUAAAACAAGACCUGUUCAAGUGAAAGAAGCUGAAGCACAUUGAAGUGAGAUACUGAGUAGGAAACGAGUUUGGAAAGUCCUUGUGUUGCUGAAUGGGCCUGUUCACAUUAAACAGAUUAUAGUGUUUAGCUAAAAUUAGAGUCAAGAUUUCAUAACUGAUGCGUUCAAGAGGAUUUCAGCCCAGUUUUUAAGCAAGAAUUAAUUGAUACAUACGCUUUUGUCAUCUCUCUCUACAGGGGUAAAGACAGGUCUGUACAUAUAGGGAACAUUCCCUAAAAUGUAUCUUGCACAUUGACUAGCAUCAUAUCAGAAGUGCUUAUAUCACAAGUAGCCAAGAGCAUUUGUGUCAUACAUCAUCGUUUUUUGCUUUUCACUGAUCACAGUGGUUCUUUCAGUGACAGAGGACACACGUUAAUGAAAAGUGAGAUGUAACAGUCAGUGUUACUAGAACAAUUUUCUAAGUCCCUUUCCCUGUCUGUUUUGAGCCCCAUUCCUUUGCACUCCAUGCAGUGCAGUACGAAGCUUGGAUGCAAGAAACUGCUGCGCUCAGUUCAGGAAAAUGAAACUAUUGCUGCAUGGUGAAAUUCUGCUUUUAGAAGAAUGUAUUCAAUCUGCUGGUGCAGUUACUGAAGCACUUGUGCAGUAAAUGGCCGCAGUUGGUACAGCUCUCCAAAGAGGCUGUUGGACACACAAUGAAGCUGAUUUUUGCCUCACUCCCACGCAGUUGAGAUCUGUCUUGGUCCUUUAAUAGGCUGAUUCAGACAUUCUAAUUAUUAUCGACACUAUAGUGAUUUCCCCUGCAAAAAUGUAAUGCUUUUCUUAGAGAAGGACACACGAGAGAAGCCACUGAUGCUUUCAUGAGGUGCAUAAAGAACUUUGUUAAACCACUGAGGAUUUUUUGUAGUGGUUUUUUUUUUCUUUUCUGUGCAAAACGCAUUAAUGCUGCCUUGCAAAAAUAUGCUGUUUGCCCUAAAUCAUUUCAAUUAAUCUUUAGUAAAUUACCCACUACUUUGUAAUUAUAAUAUUUGCAGCUAAUUUAGUGCCAUUCUAGAAAAUCAUUUGUUGUAUAAUAUAAGCAAUUAACAUUUAUUCAUUUUUUUCUGUUUCAGAGAGAUACAUAAAUUAUCCUCAGUGGCCUUUCUGUACACCUAAUUAGCACCUGUUUGAAUUAUUCUACAGGAUAUAGACAUUUCAUUUGGAAAAUGAAUGCAUUGCUAGUUUCACGAACUACUUGCAAAUAUGCAGUUAUAAAAACUCAUGAAUAGAAAGCCAUAUUUUCAUGUGUCUCGUGUCUCUUCUGUGUGUAAGGUAGGCUAGGCUCCCAGGCUAUUACAUGUAGAAUAGGUGCUGACAUUUAAAAUGCAUUUAAAAUGUAAGUAGUCAGAUGCCUCUUUCCUAUCAUUCAGUACACUAUCACAGAUUUAUGUUGUGUUCUGGAAGGAAAAGGAAAGCAAGGGGACGUUGAGAAAGUAGCGUCUGGUGUCACUGCUGGAUUUCUGUAUAUGGUUAUGCAGCUAAAGAGCUGUGUUCAUUAGAGAGUGUCCAAAGCAUCGCUAUGCUGGAGUGUCAAAGAUACUGUGUUAGAGUGGUGGAAAUUAAAGCGGACUGCUUCAGUAUUCUAAGAAGGGUUCAAGAUAAAGAUUCAUUUUAUGUUUAAGUUCAUAGUGUAUUGAGUAAGGUCAUUUGAUCUUUUUAAAACUGAGAUCUGAGACUAAUAUUCCAUCAAAAAUGUCAAUAUGAAAUACUGGUCAUGUAUGAAAUUAGAAAAUUAGGAAACUGAAAAGCUUUGAGAUUUCUCCGUGGAUAUGAAAUGUUGCAGUGGACCCUCAGCACCCAUAAAUCAGCACGGUGCCUUUCAUUUCAGUUUAGCUGUGAAAAUAGAAGUUAGUAUCUAUCCCCAGAAUGAGAAUUCUUUCCUAUCUUUCAAAUGGGUAGAAAAUCAAGAGUAACUGCAGAGGUUAUGAAAUUUGCAUAGCAGUUUCACACUCUCUGUUCCACUGAUCAGAUUGUGUCACCAUGUCUCAAAUGAAAGUCUGCUAACACAUGGGAUGCCAUGAGUCUUGUGGUGUUUUCCAUUUCUAGGGAUAUGGCCAGGGCCUUUUCAAGAGAAGCAGCAACGAUCUGGGGCUGCAAGGAGAUGUUCAUACUGUCACUUUUAGGGAAGUCUCUCCUGGAGUUUUGUUGAUAUUUUAUUUUAUGCAAAACAUCCAUAAUUGGAUGGAAACCAAAACAGGAUGUAUGGUUCCACAGUGACACACAUUCAUCUGUUUGGAGUUGUUCUCUGUGUGAACUGUCUGAUUGCUGUGAAAGAGCUAUUUUGGCUAUUUUUGUUUGAGGCCAGGCACAGGCAAAAGCUUUUUACAAGUCAAAACAGUGAGGGAAAUAGGAAGAUAUUUAGUGUCAAUGUCAUUAAAAAUGAGAAAAUGAAUUUAAGUGGAAUAUUUGAGUUUCCAGGUCAGGGAUGAACAAUGCAGUUAAAAACCAUUUCCAGAACAACAGUGUAGUUGCAUACAGGAGGAGGGAAUUGUAGCAGCAUUCAGACAUAAAAUCUUUAUUAUACAGGGUAGUAUUGGAAUAAAAAUGGGAUCCAGUACACAAAACCUUGCAUUGUACCACUACUUACUUUAUGUUCAGCAUCAGAACUAAUAGAACAUGAAUGCUUACAGUACACUAGGGUAGGAAAUACUGUAAAAUACAUGCUUUACCUUUUAGAUACUUAAAGAAUUAGUUUGUGGUCUCAUAGUCUUGCUUAGUUCAUUUUAUUUUACAGGAAUUAAUGCUCUGCUUACAUUUGUAUUUUACAUUAGUUGCAUCCUGGCUAUUUUAAAUAAAUUGGUUUUGUCCCAUGCUGUGUUCAAGCUAUAAUAAUUGUUUCUAUUUCCAAAGCACAUUUGAUUUGCAGUAUAUCUGCUUAUAUUUGAUCAACUACAUUUGUCAAUUUUCUUUAGUCUACUUUCAGCACUGAAUGCGAUACAGGGAAUUUUAAAAAGGAGCCUGAAAUCAGUAUCUUAAAAAACAGAAAAACGUCAUUACUUUGAAAACUUAAAUGAUGUGUUUUGUAAAGGACAGUGAGCUAUGAAUUGAAAUAAAAAUAAAUAAUC